UUUUGCGUUAUUUUCAAGUCCAAACCCCUCCAAUAGCAAACUUUAUAAGCACCAACCUUCCCCUCCCUACACACUCACCAUUCACCUUCACCAACAUCUCAUACCCUCAUUCAUUGAGAUUAUUCAUGGCUCUGCCACAACAACAGACUGUUGACUAUCCAAGUUUCAAGUUGGUCAUCGUUGGCGAUGGAGGAACUGGAAAAACCACUUUUGUGAAGAGACACUUAACUGGGGAGUUUGAGAAGAAAUAUGAACCAACCAUUGGUGUGGAGGUUCAUCCACUAGACUUCCAUACCAAUUUUGGAAGAAUUCGCUUUUACUGCUGGGACACUGCUGGCCAAGAAAAAUUUGGUGGUCUUAGAGAUGGUUACUACAUUCAUGGAGAGUGUGCUAUCAUUAUGUUUGAUGUAACAGCUCGGUUGACAUACAAGAAUGUUCCUACAUGGCACCGAGAUCUCUGUAGGGUAUGUGAGAACAUACCCAUUGUUCUCUGUGGAAACAAGAUUGAUGUCAAGAAUAGACAGGUUAAAGCAAAGCAGGUUACAUUUCACAGGAAGAAGAAUCUGCAAUACUAUGAGAUAUCUGCAAAGAGUAACUAUAAUUUCGAGAAACCUUUCUUAUACCUUGCCAGGAAACUUGCAGGGGAUCCUGGCCUUCACUUUGUGGAGAUGCCUGCUCUUGCUCCCCCAGAUGUAGUCCUUGAUGUAGCUACACAGCACUUGAAUGAACAAGAGCUAGUUAUGGCGGCUGCUCAGCCACUACCUGAUGACGAUGAUGAUACUUUUGAGUAAACUUUUGGGCUUCCAGAUUGUUCCUGAAAAAAAUGUUUUUUUCUAUGUUUUUGAUGAAUUGUAAUCUUGGGAAGGGUUUCAUCAAAGAGAAAGGAAGAAUGAAGUUAGUACGGAACAGUAUGCUGUAUUUCUUAGUUUUGUUCCUCCAGUUAUGCUCUCUGUAACAGAAAUCAAUUGAAUUUUCGUGUCAUUAAACUUUUGAGUGAUGUCUUAUAUAGUAGAUUCC